AUGGUAAUGCAAAUGAUUGGAGAUUUUGAUGAAGAAACACAUUCACAUACACCACUAACGAGAGGCAGUGGAAGAGGAAGAAUUAGAAAACAGUUUUUCACAAGAAGUCGUGUAAAUAUUGAGCCAUGUGGAGUUUCAAUGAGUGAAUUGAGAGGUGAAUUGAAAAAAUUGAUUCUGAUAUUAUUCACACAAUUUCCACAUAUUUAUCAAGAAAAGAAAUUACAAAUUGAUAAUGCAUUGAGAAGAUCAAUCAAGAUUUGUACUCCAGUUAAACCUGCAACCUCCGACGAUUUUAUUUAUUUCGAAAAUGCAGAAGCUUUUUCAAACAAACCACCAUUUUGGAGCAGUGAAAAGAGAGAGGAAUCAAUUAAUAUAGAACUGAAGAAGCCAAAAGUGAAACUUAUCCAAUGGAGAACUCAGUGGCAUCAUUCGUAUAGAAAUUAUCUUCUCCAUGAAUUGGAGUAUCAUGUAACAUAUUUACAAACACUUUACAAACAGAUGGAUUCUAGAAUUGAUUUUAAAUUGAACCCAACCAAAUAUGCAAAUGUUUUAGAUUCAGUUUAUGAUUUACUUUCACAACUAAAUGAAGAAUUUCAAGUUAAAUUCCUCACAGAGAGAAACUUUUUCAUUCCACAAAAGAAAAAAAGAUUUGGAAAGAUUAGAACAGUUUUAGAGAUAGACAGAUCUAAAUUGAAACCUAUAGAUUUCAUAUCAAAUUCAACAAUUGCAUUGAUUAGAAUCCAUAGCUUGUACGAUUACAAAUAUGAAACAAAUCCAAAUUCCACAAAUUUAAUAUUGAACCAAAUUGAUAGAAAUAUGAAAAUGUAUUCUAAAUAUUUCAAUGACAAUUUGAUUAGAGAGAUUACACCUGGAAAGACAAUUUAUAAUUACUUAUUGAACUUGGGACUUGAUUUGGUUGAGAAAUAUAUCACACCAAAUAUAUUCGAAUUAAUUGGAAAAUCGUCUGAACCAUUGCAAUCAUCAUUUGUUGUUUCUCUAAUAAGAUCCAACCAUUUCACCCGCUUUGAAUUAUUGAAUUCAUUUUCACUUUCUUUGUAUCCGAGCAUGUACAAAUCAUUUGCCGAAAUUCUGUUUACUCUUCCAACAAUUCUGGAUUUUAAUGCCCAUACAAGUAAUUUUCCCUUCCAGCAAUGGUUAGAAUUCUUCAUUAAUUAUUUUGGAAAAAAUGAAUUUAUGAAGGCAACUACAUCUUUUAGAGAAUGCUCCUUCUACAUUGCUCGUCUUCCAGAACGUCAUGCAAACUUGGUACACAAUUUAUUAGGAAAAGAAAUUACUGAACUUAUAAACAAGUAG